AUGGGGAAGCAAUAUUCUAAACAGCGUCAUAAACCCCGUUUCACUAAGGCUCAAAUUCCUUGGUUGAUUCGAGGAGUUAUAAGAAGCAAUAACCUCGAAAGUAUGCAGUACCUUCUUAGUUAUCCAAAUCAUGUCAAUCCCUGUAUGGUCAUUGAUGGAGUUUGUCCUCUGAACCUCGCAAUUGAGCUCGGUCAUUUACAAAUGGUGAAACUGUUAAUAAAAGCCGGCGCUGAUAUUAGCGUCUCAGAUUGUCCCCGGUACCCCCUUCACCAAGCCGCUCUCUUUGGUCGUGCAACAAUCGUUGAACUUUUAAUCAACUUCGGUGCCAAAGUGUCUAUACUCACAGAAAGACGUCAAUCUUGUUUACACUUAUUGGCGAGUCAAUCCGCAGAACGUUUCGUUGAAACGGCUAAAGUUCUUCUCAAACACGGCUGUGAUCCUAAUACUCUUGACGAUGAUGGUGUGGCACCUCUUCAUAUAGCCUCUACGGAAAUUGCUGAAGUAUUGACUUUUCACAAUAAUACUGACCUCAAUAUCCUAAGUCAAUCUGGUGAUUCGCCUUUGCUGGUAGCUGCAAAGGAUAGAAAAGAAGGUCUCCUCUUAGCUCUUCUUCGAGCUGAUGAGCUAAAUGUUCGAUCGGCAAAACUGGGUGAAACGUCCGAUUCAAAAAUCACAACGACGUCACUUUUACUUUGCCCGACGAGUUUCAAUGGUUCACCAGCUCGACGUUUGGGUUGUACCUCUAAAGUCCUUCGAGCAGCGUCUGCAACUACCACGAGCUCCAUCAAACCCUGUAUCGCCAGAGCUUCAACUACCAAUUCGUCAACAAAGAAAGGGUCUUCUUUCCAUUGUAGUCGGCUACUUCCAAUUGCCAAUUUUAGGAACGCUUUAUCAGCAUCUUCUGUGUUGAAUUUCAGCACUCUGGAUGGUGCUGCCAACUCGAGCUUUCGUGGUCUGGUUGUCAAUGGAAAUAAGAAAAAAAAUACCAGUUCUCUAGAAUUUAUUACUUAUAGGCCGGAUAUCGCAAGCUCACCGAAGCAAGUCAAAUCUCGACUCAAUCUAAAUCAAGUAGAUAAUGUUGGUAUGACACCACUUAUGCUAUGUGCUGAAGCUGGUCAGAGAGGAUUCCGAAUGGUAUAUGCUCUUGUUUCUGCUGGCUGUGAUAUUUCCGCAACGGAUAAGAUUGGCAUGACAACCCUCCAUUAUGCCUGCUAUGUUGGAGCUGUCCCCACUGUACGAUUUCUUCUGGAAGAAGCAGGGGAAUUCUCAGAUAAAAAAGCUAGUGAUUUGCUCAACCUGCAGGAUCGUUUUGGAAGGACUCCUAUAUACUUGGCUUCUUGUAGAGGCCACACGGCAGUUGUUGAUUAUCUCCUCUCAUGCAAUGCUGACAUUCACAUCCCUAAUAAGGAUUUGAAAUCCCCCCUCUACAUCGCUGCAAAUUUCGGCCAUUUAAACAUUGUUAAUGCCCUUCUCAGACAUGGGGCUCAGGUUGAUCAAGCCGAUUCGCAUCAGAAGACACCCCUCUUUGUUGCAACCUAUCAUGGACGUUCUGACAUCGUUUCUCUACUUCUUGCUGCUCAUGCGGAUGUUAAUGCUGCUGAAAUGAAUGGAAGAACACCGCUCUAUGCGGCUGUGUUAAAUGGGCACCUUGAUCUCGCCGCAAAGCUUUUAGCUCACGGACCAGCAGUUAAUAGGCCGGAUAAAGACGGUUUAGGACCACUGCAUAUGGCUGUCAAGUUCCCAAAGCUUGACCUUCCGAUGGUGCGCUUGUUAUUGCAUCAUGGUUGCGAUCCGGUGAAUCUAGCUGCUUUUACGCGUUGGUUAAUGCAGCAUGGAGUUCUUUCUGAAAAACUUGCUCUUUCUACAUCUGGCGAUGAUCACACUGGAGAGGCGUGGCUUAGUGCUUGGCUUCACAACGAAGAAUCAAAUGUCCGAUCACUUAAAAGACUCUGUAGAGCACGAAUACAGGCACAGUUAGGUGGAUCAGCAACAAUCGCGCGCAUUAAAUGCCUACCUCUGCCUCCCCAACUGCAUGAAUUCGUUUCACUGAAGGCGCUUUGA